GUCACGAACUGCUCAUUCCAACUCGUACCGACGAGAUCAAUUUAAACAAUGAUCCUUCCCUAAAAAGGAUUGACGAGGAUGGCACGAUGGAGAAAGAUCAAGAAAUUCAAGAGGAGCAAAGUAAUGAUGAAGAGACAUCUAUGCUAGUGAUGAAGGGGAAAGAUGGAUCAUCUUUAUCAGGGCAGCCUCCGAAGAGAUCUGCAUUCAAAGGCCAAUGGACCCUUGAAGAAGACAAAAUGCUGGUUCAAUUGGUGGGCGAGCAUGGACUCAAGAGUUGGUCUCAAAUUGCUAGGAUGCUUGGUGGCAGG